AUGCAAUACGGCCUCGACAGCGCUUGUCUCGCCGCCCUUCAAGCAAUGCCGGGCUUUCUCAAGGUGUUUGGAUAUCCCGACCCCAGUGCUCCUGAAGUGGCGCCGCCGCACCUGAGAGGUGUCAUGGUUGCGCUAUUCUCGGAAUGGGUGUGUAUAGGCAGUGUGCUGGGCGCGGUGACGACGAAUGCGACGAAGGGGUGGAUGGGCAAGGCCAGUUGGAGGGUGCCGUUGGGGAUAUUGUUUGUUGUUCCUGUUGUACUGUCGGCGGGGGUGUGGUGGGCUGUGCCAGAGAGUCCCAGAUGGGAGGUUAGUCGGGGACGGUAUCCGGAAGGGAGAAGGGCGUUGGAACGGGUGAGAGUCGUGAGGGAGGAUGACAAGGAAGGGCAGGAGAGAUUGGAGGUUGAAUGGGUGGAGAUGGUUAGGGGAAUCGAAGAGGAGAAGAGGCUGGCGAGUACGGUCGGGCCGUUGGAUAUGUUUCGUGGCAGUGACCUUCGAAGAACGCUACUGUGCUUCGGGGUCAUCGCUACCCAGGCUGGAAGCGGGAGUUGGUUCUACAUCAGCUACUCGACGUAUUUCAUGAUCGUGUCGGGGCUGCCGGUGGAGUUGGCCUUCAGGUACAGCAUCAUGAAGACUUGUAUCGGGUUUAUCGGGGUCAAUGUCGGUAUGUACUUGAUGCGCUAUGUCAUGGGCCGGAGGACACUGAUGACAACGGGAGCGGUGGUACAGAGCAUGUUCAUGUUGGGCAUGGCCAUCUCGGCGUCGACAGAGGCGGGUACGAAGAGAGCUCGGGACAGUCUGAUUGCGUGUAGUGCCCUGUUCAACUUUGAGUAUAAUGCCUUUGUAGGCAUUGCCAGUUACCCGGUGGCAACGGAGCUGUUUAUCAACCCGGAGAACAUGAACUGGGGCGCAAAGUAUGGGUACAUCUGGGCUGGGUCCAGCUUCUGCUGUGCCCUGUUCUUUUUCUUCUUCUUGCCGGAGCUGAAGGGAAGGGCUCUGGAAGAGAUCGACGAGUUGUUCGAGCGAAAGGUUCCGGCGUGGAAGUUCAAGUCGGCAGAGACAUCCAUUGUCAGCGACGCCAUCAAGGAGGUGAGGCAGAGGGGGGAAGUCAGGGAGGACCGAGGCAAGGCGUCGACAGUCGAGAUUCAACCACCCGAUAACGGACACAAUGUUCCUAUUGACGAUAAGCCCCGAUAA